GGGUGAGUAGGUGAUGUGAACUCCUCAGCAGCUGGGUCAGGUCAGAAAGAUUGCAGUGUCGUUGCAUAUUAAAAACCUUCCAGUCGACAAUUCACUUCAGAAAAUUUCAGAUUCGAUUCUUCAAAAUUCUACCCCAAUGUAUUAACCUUUGGCGAGAUGGAGAUGAAGAAAAAUCUGAUCUGUGAGGAUGGAGCACUGUGCAUUUUGACAAGGUCCGUUGUCAAAGUAGGGCUUGACUUUCGCUAUUGCAUCCCAGUCGGUCCAGAGUCUGACGUCGAUCCUCUGUGGAAACCAGUUGGCUUAAUUCUCAAUGUUCCUGGUGAAAAGUACACGAUUGGGUCUCAGGAAAAUUCGGAUGAUUUUGAUCGAGAAAAAUGUGGGCAGCGUUUAAUAUUACGCAACAAAUCGGACGUUGCGGAAGAACAGUGCCAAAUUGAAUGCGAUGCGAAUGGGACCUUUUAUCUCCGUAGUUUGUGGAACACAUGUCCUUUCCUGAAUGGAAAAUUGAUGCAAGUCUUCCCCGUCGAGUUAAAUUUUGGAGAUAUAUUUUACUUUUCGCAUAUUUCAUCACAAAUUUGGGAUUCACUUUUGACUAAUGAGGAUCAGACUUUGAAUGGUUGUAAGAGUCUGUACCGCAAAAACGCAUUGUGUCGAAAUAAAGAAUAUGCAGUACUCAAAUUAGAGAGAUUGACAAGCAUCACUGAGAGGAAGCCGAAACUAAUAACGACUACAAUCUCGAGACCGGUUGCGACCAGUGUUGUGAACGUGCAACUAUGGCAUGUGCCCUUAAAGGAUGGCAAAGUUUGUUUGCAAUUCUUACAGCGUGCUUACCAUCGUUCUUACACACUCAUCCGAUCUUUGAAAAUCGUCUCAUACUGACAAACAUAUUUGAACACGUGGCCAACUCAAACGUUCCAAACCCCAUAGAGGACCUCUUCAACUGCCGCCUCGUCUCUCACGCAUGGAACGACGCGGUUCUGCCCGUCCUACAAAAGAAAUGCGUGAUGAAAUUCAGCAUAAUUAUUGACCAAGUGAUCCGCGACCCUUUCCACGUAACGAGCACACUUUACUCGAAAAUCAACCGGAUGAAGGAGCUAAAGUUUGACGCCAUGAAAAUUGAUGUCUGGCCACAGAGGUACAGUUGCAACACCCGGGAUAACCCAGACCGGAACAAAGCAGUGAUAAAAUUCAACAAAGACUUAUCAACAUUUUUAAACUUAUCAGAUUCCCACCCGCUCAAAAUGCUCAAUAUUAAUAUGGAUUAUUUGACCCCAAUUUCAAUCCUCCUCUCCAAAUUUUACCCUUCUCUGGAAGAAAUCUACAUUCAGAUUAACAUGUUUUGGAUUAAUGAUGAAAACAAAUCUACAUUCCCAGAAAAUUUAAAGUUUCCAAAGUUGAAAAAAUUAACGCUCGAGUUCUGCGAGCAAAAGAAAGGUGACCUGCAAAAAAUGUCUGAUUCUAAAUCUCUCGCCCAACUCCUCCAAGCAGCGAGAGGAAUUGGCGAGCUUGUGCUAAAAAAUUAUGCAAAACUACCCACUGACUUUGACUUGUUUAAGAAUUUGAGAAAAAUCACGAUUUACGGCCAGCGCAAGUAUCGUGUAAAAAUGCUGAAUUUACGCGAUUUUCUCACCCAGUUCAUGACCUUACCGACCAAUCAGCUACGCUUAUUCCAAGUAGUCAUUGCAGACAUUCAUGUCCAACCCGUCUUAGAGGAAGCAUUGUUUGACUUCAUUCAAAAACAGCGGAAGAGUUUGGAACACUUGGAACUCUCCUCCAACUCAAAAUUUCUUUACCAGCCUAUAAAAUUGCCGAGAUGCAUGCCAAAUUUGAAAAAGUUACGGAUCGGUAGCGAUAAUUCUAGGAGGGGGUCGGAUCACUCAUCUUUCGUGGUACGUGAAGGGAGGGCAUGCAGUCGAGAAUCGUGUCGUAGUUGUAAUUUGUGUGGAGUAUGAAGCGUAUAUGAUGGACAAUUAUUUAUUUAUUUAUGGUUUCCGAAAAGUCUACAAAUUUUGCUAAAAAUAAAUUCAUAAUGAUAAA